CCGUCAAACACCGAAACCCCGAAUUCCCUCAGAGCUCAGAUCGAUUCCUCCCCUCGCAUGGAGCAGGAGCGCCCACCGCCGGCGACAAAGAGGGCAAGGCCCUCACCUCCGCGAGCCCAAGACGCCGCCGCCUCUGCAGAGGACCGGCUGAGCGCGCUCGACGAUGCCAUCCUCCACGCCAUCCUCGCCCGCCUGCCGCUCCGCGACGCGGCGGCAACGACCGCGCUCUCCCGCCGCUGGCCGCGCGUCUUCGCCACGCUCCCGCGCCUGCUCCUCCACCCCGCCACCUUCAACCGCCGCGGGUUCCCGGACGAGGGCUGCGAGGACUACUGCGAGGACCCCGCGCGCUGGAUCGACGCCCUCGACUCCGUCCUCGACAGCCGCGCUGCGCCGGUCGCCGCGCUCGAGGUCCACGCCAGGUUCAUGUUCCAGUUCCGCGAGUGGUUCCGCGACGUGUUCCGCGAGCUCUGCGGGAGCGGCGGCCUCCUGGAGCUCACCAUCGACAACACCAAGCACUCCGAGUCCGAGCGCUACGCGCUGCCCACACCUAUUUACAGCUGCACCACGCUCACCUCGCUGGACCUCUACAACUGCCGGCUCCGGGUGCCAGGAAAACUCACCGGCCUGCGAGCCGUGCGGUCGCUCCGGCUCCGCAACGUGGUCGCCACGGACGCGGACGUCCGUCGCUUGAUCUCGCGGUGCAGCGCUAUGGAGCAUUUGGAGAUUCAGGACAUCCGCAGGGCGCGGAACAUCGUCAUACGCUCGCCGUGUCUUGAGAAGCUGGACAUCUGCUCGGACCGCCCGCUCUGCAUCUCGGUGAAGAGGGCGCCACGGCUGGACACGGUGGAGUUGAGUCUCUUCUAUUAUGGUUGGAUGAUCCGCGACAGCGACACCAUGUACUCCGAUGAAAACUACUCAUUGUUCGAGAUCAGGAAGAUGGCAGAGAGGGAGAAGCAGAUAGACGAGAUCGGGAAUUUGGUUACAUUUAUUGGUGGACUUGGCUGCACCAAGAAGCUAACAUUGAACAUGUGUACUGAAUAUUCCAAGGUCUUGAGCAAGGCUAAGGUAUCAAUGCCUAAGAUAUUGCCCAAGAAAAGCUGUUUGCUCGGACUGGAAAUGCUUACCCUCAGUCUUGAUCACAAUCAUGAAGCACUUGCCACCUUAAUUUCAUGCCUGCUGAACAGCUGUCCCAACCUCAAGAAUCUCAAAAUCAUUGGUGCUGCUCAUGAUGAUCGUUGGGAGAGUCCCACGCCCUUAGCUGCAGAGUUUUGGGAGGAGCAGAUAAAUGGAGAUCGUGUGCUGAAUCACCUGUCAAGUAUCACCAUCUACGUCGAUUCACUAUUCGAAAACUACCCUUGCCUGGGUCUCUGUCAGUUCCUGGUGAUGAAUGCAAGGAUCCUCAAAAGAAUGAGCAUCCAUUAUUACCGCUGGCAGCUCAAGAUGGGGCAGGUGGUCCUGGUUGAAGCUGUCAGAAACGAAGUCCAGCUCUGGCCAAGGGCUAAUCCGAAUGUCCUGCUAGAGUUGUCUCCGGUUGAUAGCCACCCCAACUACUGAGGUGCGAGGUAGCCAUCAGAUCAGGGGCUCACUUGCAGUCGUAUACCUUUCGUAACUACUGCUUUCUGCUCAGUGCCUCUUUAGUAGUAUGGACCUCUUGCUAUCACCUUCUGGAUUUUGUAAUUGUGGUGGCUAUUGUACCGACCAGUAUCAAUCUAUGCUCUUAGAAGCUGUCAUGGCAAACUUACGUUUCCAGAAAACUGAAACCCUGAAAAUUUGAUUCACGAUUCCGUA